AUGGAGGAUGAGAAGCAGGGAGCGAGUCCGGAGAUUUGGGUCGUGCCGAUCAUCUUCGCCAUCAUAUUCAUAAUCGGAGUCUUGGGUAAUGGCACGUUAAUUGCCAUAUUUCUCCGUCAUCGAGAACUCCGAAACGUCCCCAACACGUUCAUCUUCACUCUUGCAAUCGGGGACUUGUGCGUGUGUCUCGUGUGCAUCCCGUUCGUAUCGACCAUCUAUACGUUUCACUCGUGGCCGUACGGAGAGAUGAUGUGCAAGCUGGCAGAAUACGUGAAUUAUGUCUCCAUCGGGGUGUCCGUGUUCACACUCACCGCUCUCAGCAUGGAACGUUACGCCGCCAUCCGAAAUCCCCUCAGCCUCACCUCCCUUCGUGGCAACGGGAGUGGUGGCAGGGGGUGUAAGAUCAGACUUCUCUCCUGUCUCCUCAUAUGGUCCCUCGCCCUCCUCACUGCUUUACCCUCUCUAAUCUACACCCAAGUCGUGGAAUUCGAAGGGGCCGCAUCGAAUGAAACCAUCCGGGUGUGUUACCCGUAUCCGAAAGAAUUGGGCCUCUCUUAUUCCCAGGCCAUGGCCACUUACAAGUUUUUGCUCUAUUACGCCCUUCCUUUGGGACUCGUCUCUUUCUUUUAUGCUGGUAUGGCUCGUGGAUUGCUCGAAAGUACGAGGGGGAUCCCAGGAGAAGGGGGAGGGCGAUCUCAAAGUCAGAUGAGAGCCAGGAAGAAAGUAGCUAAGAUCGUCCUCGCUUUCGUCAUCAUCUUCGCAAUCUGCUUCCUACCCUCUCACGUCUACUUUCUCUGGUGGUAUUACACCUACCCAAGAUCAAUGGACAAUUACAAUAUAUUUUGGCAUUACUUCAAAAUCCUUGGUUUCGUUCUCGGCUUCUGUAAUUCCUGCAUCAAUCCCAUUGCCAUGUACGUCAUGAGUGACACGUUUCGGAAACACUUCAAUCGAUAUCUCUUCUGCUCUUGUCGGGGCACAAGCCGAGAUCUAUCAGGAUUACAAUCCCAAUCCCAAGACACCCAGGUUACCUACCGCUACUCUGUCAAAUUCCGCUCCGGUACCCAUCCUUCCGUACAACUAUGA